CAAAAUCACACUCUCCACACAUCAAAUCAGGAAGAUCAUAGCACAGUUGCACACAGUCUUGAUCAGCAAUGGCAUCUCACAGAGCUGCUGUUUUUGCUGUUCUUACGCUGCUACUUUCAGUAGCUGCAAUUGCAAUGGCUAGGCCAAUCAGAAGAAGCGAUUUGGGCUUGGGCCUUGGCGCUAAUGGUGGGCUAGGUGUAGGACUAGGACUUGAUAUCGGACUAGGUGGUUCCGGCUCGGCAUCUAGUUCAGGCCAGGGCUCGGGUUAUGGGGCCUGGUCUGGGCCAAACGGUGGUUCUUACACUGCGUCAGGUCAUGGGUUGGGCUUGGGCUCCGGAUAUGGGUAUGGAUCAGGAUCCGCGUAUGGAGCUGGUAAUGGGGGCUCUGCUUCGGGUUGUGGCUCUGGCUCAACAUCUUGCUCGGGCUCAGGAUCAGGUUCCGUAGGACUAGGGACAUCGAUUAACGUUGGUGUGGGUGUAGGAGCCAAUGGUGGCACUAACGGCGGGUCAGAUUGCGACACUGGCUCUGGGUCAAACUAUGGCUCUAGCACAGGCUCAAGCUCUGGCUACGGGUCGGGUGGAGUUUCCUACCGCUCACGUGGUCAUGGCGGGUCUUCUAGUAUUGGGUCAGGUUCGGGGGUUGGUUUAGGAGCAACUUCUGGUGUUGGUGCCGGUUCUAAUGUUGGGCCAAGUGGUGGUUGCUCGACUUGUGGUUCUGGUUCUAGGUCGGGAUCAGGUGCGGGUGGGGGUUCAUAUUCUGGAUCAAAUAGCGGCUCGUCAUCGAGUUCUGGCUCUGGUUCAAACUCAAAUUCAAUUGGAGGGUCAGGAUCAAGUUCGGGUGCUGGCUCUGGCUCAAGUGCAAGCUCAGGUUAUGGUGGCUCUAGUUCUGGUUCUAUGUCAGGAUCUGGUUCAAGUUCAUCAUCCGGUUCCACAGGGAUGUCAUAUGGUUCAUCAGGUGCUGGCUCAUUCAGUGGAUCAAGCAGCGGUUCAAACUCUAAUGCCGGCUCCAUGUCAGGUGCAAACUCAGGAGCCGGUUCAAGCUCUAGUGCAUAUGGUGCAUCAGGCAGUGGAUCAAACUCCAUGUCGGAUUCAGGGUCAAGCUCAGGAUCGGUUAGUGCUUCCGGAAGUGGGUCGUCCAACUCUGGUGCAGGUUCAGGUUCCAGCUCUUCUUCAUGGUCCGGUUCUAAUUCUGGCUCUGGCACAAUGUCGGGAAUUGACGCUCCGUCAAGUACAGGAACAUCGUCUACUGCUGAAUCAAACUCUGGAUCCGCCACCUCUGUCACCGGUGCAAACUCAGGCUCAUAUUCAAGCGCAUGGUCCAACUCCAACUCCAACUCCGGCUCGACUAUGCCAUCUGGUAUAGGGGUUGCUUCUAAUGCUGGCUCUAGCUCAGGUUCUUGGUCUAAUGCUGGCUCAAACACUGGCACACUCUCUGGGGCUGGAUCCUCUAACUGGUCAAGCUCGACGUCCGGGUCUACCUCAAGCUCAGGUUUAGGUGGUGGGCAAGGGGUUGGAAGCAGAUUCGGUUCCGGAGCCCAACCGACUUUUGGUAUGGGUGGAGGAGGUGGGUUUGGAGCGGGUUACGGAUUUGGAGCCGGAGCCGGAGGUUGGGGUAAGCACCAUUAAGAUAAGGUGUUGGGCAGAUUCUUAUAUAAAAAAGAAGGGGGUGAGAAUUUUGGAUCCCCUUGCUCUCAUGGUUGAUUUACAUGUUGUAUUGAGUUCCCUGGGAAUAAGCGAUCAUCAGUUUUCAGUACGCUCAGUUCCUCUUGUACACUAGCAGUAGCUGCUCUUUGUUUCCAACAAAAUGCUUGAAUCGUUGUGGUCAUCGUGACGCAUCAGUACGUACUUCUUCAUAUGUACCGGCAGAUGCUAUCUUGGAAUGAAAUCAUGAAAUCUUUGUGACCA